AUGGCUCUCGGCGGCCUCAUCCUCCGCUUCGGCCAGACAGGCCUUCGAUUCCUCGAAUUCGGCUGUGCUGCUAUCGUGCUCGGUAUCUACAGCUAUUUCCUGGCUGUCCUCGCAAACCAUAACAGUCACAUUCCAACAUGGGAGAAGGCUGUGGAAGGCAUGGCGGGUGCCGCAUGCUUGUACACGAUCUUCACCAUUCUCUUGACCCUAUGCGUUGGCGGUAUGGCCGUCUUCUCCGCCCUCGCCAUCGUCCUUGACAUUUUAUUUGUUGGCUGUUUCGCUGCCAUCGCAUACUACACCCGACAUGGCGCCAACAAAUGCCGUGGUAUCGUCAACACUCCCUUGGGCACUGGUCUCGACAACCAGCCGGCUCCGGGUGCUGGGGAUUGGGGUUAUGUCUGCAGCUUGAACACUGCCUGCUUUGCGGUCUCCAUCUGCUGCAUCUUCCUCUUCCUCCUCACCGCCGUCGUCCAAUUACUCCUUGCCCGCCACCACAGAAAGGAGAAGCGUUUCGGUCCCAGCCCUUCCAACAACUACACCUCCGGCACCGCUCGUCGGCCAUUCUGGCGCCGCAGACAACGAGACACUGCCUAUACUCGUGACGCGGAAAUGGCAACGGGAGCUGGUAUCCCUGGCACAACUCCUGUCCACAACGCAAGCACUGUGCGUCCCAGCCAUGAAACUGGCAUGACCGGUUCCACUGUUAACAAUGCUGGCCACGUCCCCAUGGCUACCGAGCCCAAGUACGGCCAGCCUGGUUAUGGCAUGCAAGGCUACAACGCUCCAACGACGACAAACUACUAG